AUGGGUCGCACUCACAUCCUGCGUAUUCACGCGAAGACAUUGAGCGUGGAGCGAAACAUUCGUUACGAGCUGCUGGCGCGGCUCUGCCCCAACAGCACCGGCGCGGACCUCCGCUCUGUGUGCACAGAAGCAGGCAUUCUCGCUAUCAGAGCAAGAAAAAAAAGCAUAUCAGAGAAAGAUUUCAUCGAAGCGAUAAACCGCGUCAUAAAGAGCUACAAAAGAUUCAGCGCCACCGCCAAGUAUAUGGUUUACAACUAA